ACGUCCCGAAGUGAUCUCUGCGCACGCACCAUAUCGUCCAGAGCGAGUCGAAUGGUUUCAUUUCUGUACCUGUAAAUGAAAGUGGGAUUGGAUUUUUACAAUAUGAGGUCUGACUCCCUGUAGACUGUGAUGGCUCCAGGCGACAUGGUGCCGGAGCAUGCCAAGCAGCAUAAGCUCAAGCAGAAGAAGGAGAACCGUCAGAGCACCACUACCACCACCACCACCACCAGGCCCGAUGGAGACUCUGAGCCUGACGGAUCCUUUGUCUUUGAGGCCUAUGAGGCAUGGAAGGACUUCCACGACUCCCUGAGGCAGUUCUACGAAGUGGGGGAGCUCUGUGAUGUCACACUGAAGGUUGGCAGCAGGCUGAUACCAUGCCACAAGCUGGUGCUGGCUUGUGUCAUCCCUUACUUCAGGGCCAUGUUCCUGUCCGAGAUGUCCGAGGCCAAACAGGACCUGAUUGAGAUCAAGGACUUUGACGGCGACGCCAUCCACGACCUGGUGCGUUUCGCCUACUCCUCCCGUCUGACCCUGACAGUGGACAACGUACAGCCCCUCCUCUACGCAGCCUGUAUACUGCAGGUAGAGCUGGUAGCCAGAGCCUGCUGUGAGUACAUGAAGGCCCACUUCCACCCCUCCAACUGCCUGGCUGUCCGCACCUUUGCCGAGAGCCACAACCGCGUCGACCUGAUGGACAUGGCAGAUCGCUACGCUUGCGAGCACUUCCGGGAAGUGGUGGACUGCGAGGACUUCCCGUGCGUGUCGCCUCCUCACCUGAGAACCCUGUUGUCCUCCAGUGAUCUGAACAUCCACUCUGAGACUCAGGUGUACACCGCUGCUGUCAAGUGGCUGAAGAAUAACCCUCAACACCACGAGGCCUGGCUGCAGCAGAUCAUGACUCAGGUGCGUCUCCCCUUGCUCCCAGUAGACUUCCUGACGGCCACGGUUGCCAAAGAGGAGAUGAUCAGAGGGAACCUGAGCUGCAGAGAUCUGCUGGAUGAGGCCAGGAACUAUCACCUGCACCUCAGCAACAAGGUGGUCCCGGACUUUGAGUAUUCAGUAAGAACAACGCCUAGGAAACACACUGCAGGUGUGUUGUUCUGUGUGGGUGGGCGGGGUGGUUCUGGUGACCCGUUCCGCAGCAUCGAGUGCUACUCCAUCAGCAAGAACAGCUGGUUCUUUGGACCUGAGAUGAACAGUAGGAGACGACAUGUUGGAGUCAUCUCUGUAGGAGGUAAAGUGUAUGCAGUAGGGGGGCAUGAUGGUAGUGAACACCUGGGCAACAUGGAGAUGUUUGAUCCACUCACUAACAAGUGGAUGAUGAAGGCUUCCAUGAACACUAAGAGAAGGGGCAUAGCUCUGGCAGCUCUGGGAGGUCCUAUCUAUGCUAUCGGAGGCCUAGAUGACAACUCAUGCUUCAACGACGUGGAGAGAUACGAUAUCGAGAGCGACCGCUGGACUGCUGUGGCGUCCAUGAACACACCCAGAGGAGGGGUGGGCUCUGUGGCCUUAGGGAGUCAUGUGUACGCUGUGGGAGGUAACGACGGUGUGGCCUCUCUAUCCAGUGUGGAGAGGUUUGACCCCCACCUCAACAAGUGGACAGAGGUCAGGGAGAUGGGCCAGAGACGAGCAGGAAACGGAGUCAGUGAGCUGAACGGGUGCCUCUAUGUCGUGGGCGGUUUUGAUGACAACUCCCCGCUGAGUUCUGUGGAACGUUUGGACCCCCGUCUGUGCCGCUGGAACUACGUCUCUGAGCUGACCACGCCCCGAGGCGGAGUGGGCGUGGCCACGGUCAUGGGUCGAGUGUUCGCAGUCGGUGGUCACAACGGCAACAUUUAUCUUAACACGGUGGAGGCCUUCGACCCCCGUAUGAACAGUGUGUUCCUCAGAUGGGAGCUGGUGGGGUCUGUCUCUCACUGCCGGGCAGGAGCAGGAGUGGCUGUCUGUUCCACUCACAUCAGCCAGAUCAGAGACGUGGGCCAGGGCUCCAGCAACGUGGUCGACUGCAUGUGACCGCUGUCUGACCACAGACUGACCCGGAAAACUGCACAAGAUCAGACGUGCACAGAACAGCACCCAUCCCACGCACAGCCACAAGCACUCAAUCACACUGCACCGGACACUGACUAGGAGCAGCUGUCCUUAAAGCAGCACUUCCCUUUAGCACUGAGUGUAAUGUAACCAGUCUCACUAUGUUAGGUGGUGUGCGUUGUUAUUGUUCAGCUGAAGACACUUCUCUGACUGAACCUUUAUCAGUGGAGAACUGAUCUAUAAACAAUCCAUAUAUUUUCUCUUUUUGUGACGUUUGCAGAUGCAAUUCAGUGAUUGGUGUAUUUUGAAACAAAUUAUAGAUUUUCUUUGCGUUUUGACUGCUUUGGAACAUUAUCGAAGGAAAAUAGCUGACUGAUCGUUGCGCUUUAGAUGUCUCAUUAGACAGGCCUUGCAUAUCAACUUGUAUAUUUUUAAGAGCGACCGGUUAGUACCUAUGUUCUGUCAGAACUCACUCUCACAAUCAUCACUGUCUGAACUGGUUAAUUACCUAUGCUCUGUCAGAACUCUCACUCUCACAAUCGUCACUGUCUGAACCGGUUAAUUACCUAUGCUCUGUCAGAACUCACUCUCACAAUCAACACUGUCUGAACUGAGAGAUCUUCCUAGGGUUCCCAGCAGUCUCUCACCAUAUACAACAAUAUGAGAGAGAGCACUGUGAAGUAUGGACAGUAUCUGGAGGCUGGAAAGCUGUGAAGUAAAGACUGAACAGAACAGUGUUUGUGAUAAAAAAAUAGAGGAUUUCAGGGCUUUCAUUCUAAUCUAUCCGCUGUAGACUCCGUGAUGCUGAAACCGCUUUCGUGUUAGCAUUAGCUAGCUGUAGCCUGUAUUUGCGUUUUGUACAAUCAUUCAGACUGAUUCUAAUUGAGAUAGUUUAAUCUAUGGCGGUCUUUGGCAGAGUUGGACUAAAUUGUGAAGCAAUAAGAGGUUGAUGCAUAUCUCUGUUACCAGACUGAACGUGUGCGGUUUUGAAAUGACUGGGGGACUAGUGAUAACUCUCAGGACAGACAGUCUAGGGUCUUAGCAGAAUGCUAACCCUCAUACGCUCUGUGUUCUACUCAAAGAUGGCUGCCAGUAAACAAGUAUGCUUUCAGACAUGUGAAGAGAUGGAUCCUCUAUCUGCCAAAUGAUUCCGAUUUUAUAUUUUUAUAUUUGGAAGUUUUUAUGAAAUCAGUGCUCAUCUUUGGUGUUGUUCUCUACUGUCUUGUCUUGGACUUGUUGUUGUGCACUAUCUUCCUAGAGUUGUCAGGGGUUUCACUAUAUUUUGUCCUAUGGAAAUGUUUAUGCUAUUUUCAACAUGUUUUGACAGUUUUUUUUUUUUUUUUGAGGCCUUGUGUUUGAAGAAUUUUUCUCAACCUUAUUUUGUUGUGGUGACUCCUGGUCAAUUCAAGGCCUUUCAGGUAAUUCUGGAUUUGAUUGUAAGACUGUUGUUGGUCAACAGAUUGACCCAAUACUUUGAUUUAGAAAUACACACGUUUGAAGAGAUGAUAUGCAUUAGGAAAACAUGCUCUUUCCAUGACAGACUGACCAGGUGAAUCCAGGUUAAAGCUAUGAUCCCUUAUUGAUGUCACUUGUUAAAUCCACUUCAAAUCAGUGUAGAUGAAGAGGAGGAGACACGUUAAAGAAAAUUUUUUGAGACAUAGAUUGUGUAUGGGUGCCAUUCAGAGGGUGAAUGGGCAAGACAAAAGAUUUAAUGGGGCAAGCCGAAAGUGCCUCUGAACGGGGUAUGGUAGUAGGUGCCAGGUGCACCGGUUUGAGUGUGUCAAGAACUGCAAAGCUGCUGGGUUUUUCAUGCUCAACAGUUUCCCGUGUGUAUCAAGCAUGGCCCAUCACCCAAAGGACAUCCAGCCAACUUGACACAACUUUAGGAAGCACUGGAGUCAACAUGGGCCAGCAUCCCUGUGGAACGCUUUGGACACCUUGUAGAGUACAUGCCCCAAUGAAUUGAGGCCGUUCUGAUGGUCCUUAAUGUUCUGUACACUCCAUUAUAUGCAUAAUUUCUCUUGUUCCCUCCAUUAAGGGAAUAUUGAAUUGUUGCACCAUUGGUUUGUUGUAUUCUACAAUAGAACUGUAUUACCUCUGGUGUGUCAUACUGUACACCAGGGGUGUGUACUGACUUGCCAACCGUAAUAUAGAACGUGUAAGUUCAUGCUUUUGUAAAUGUGUUGCUAUUGGUUCAGAUUAAAUGCUGUGUCUUGCAUUGUAUUUUUGCUAAAAUCUUCAUUUUGUUGAUGUUACUAUAAUAAAUUUGUCAUUAUCCAUGA